AUGUCGGACCUCAGCAACAAGAAGCGGAAGCGCGAUGGCGAGAAGAACCCUUCGUCGAAGAAAAAGGUGGCCAUUGACGCGCCGGCCUCGACUGCCACCGUCUCCUCCGUCCUGCGGCCCAAAUACUGCCCUCCUGUAGUUGUAAACACGCCCGGGAUGGAAAUGCCCUCAGACUUGGUGUUCAACUCAUAUCUGCCCAAGAAUGCGUCAUCAAAAUCCAAGAAGACCGCCGACAAGAGGCUUCUUCUUCACUCCACAAGCCAUCGAAGCCUAGACUACACAGCGCGAGAAGAAGAAGAGGCGCGCGACUCGAAGCCACUCCUCAACCACUUCAUUGGCAUCUACGAUCCCAAGACGGGCAAGAUGGAAGUCGUCGAGGCGAAGAAGAUGGUUGUGCGCGGCACCGUUCGUUCCAAGCAGGUCCCGACUUCUACAUCUCAGCAGCAGGAGAAGAAGACGAUGCUCGACCAGAGAACAGAUCUCGGCCAGACGUUUGGAACGAAAAAGGCCAAGAAGGCGAUCCAGGACAAGGUGCUCAACGCCAUCACCCCCCAGAGAAAGACUGCCGACGGCAGGCCAGUGCAGCUGGACGACGCCUCCAAGGCCACGCUCAGCUCGAUCGGCGCCGUCACGUCCACAAUGGCCUCCCGAGAAGAGCUGCAGGCAGUCAUCGACGAGGCCAAGCCGGUGCCCAAGGCGAACCUCGACGCGGACGAAAUCUACGACGUGUACCGCCCCGAGGAGCUCAUCGGAGCCGACAUCCUCAACCUCGUCCCCAUCCGCGAGUGGCAGGAGAAGGCCAAGCACGGCGAGAGCAUCCAGUUCCGCUCCCGCUACGUCGUGUCGCGCGUGCAGGCCAUUGCCUCGAACGAGUCCGCCGAGAUGCGCCUGCGCGUGCUAAGAUACCUCUCCAUCGUCCUGCUCUUCUACCUCUACUCCAAGCCCGGCCGCCAGAGGGGCACGCGCCAGGUGCCCCCGCGGGACAAGCUGCGCGAGCUGCUGGCCCCGGCGCCCGAGGCCGUCAUCGAGAACAUCCGGCGCAAGUUCUCCGACGCCGGCCAGCUGCGCAAGUUCCACAUCGACCUGCUCAUCGCGCACUGCUGCGCGCUCGCCUGCAUCGUCGACAACUUCGAGGUCGACACGCAGGCCCUGCGGGACGACCUGCGGAUAGACCAGCGGAUGAUGAAUCAGUACUUCCACGAGAUUGGCGCGAGGGUCAAGCCCGUCAAGGACAAGGCGGAGGACCGGAUCCUGCACGUGGCGAAGCUCGCUCUGCCGCUGGAUUUCCCGAAACAGCGACAGAUCAGGGCGCGUCGAUAA